ACUGGCAAAUGCCAAAAAUGCCAGGGCUGAUUUUUUGACACGAGUUUGGUUUCUUUUUGCUUCCUUUCCUUCUCUGUUUCUACUCAAAAUGGGUAUUAGCCGCGAUAGUGCUCAUAAGCGCCGCUCCACUGGUGGCAAACGCAAGUCGCUCCGCAAGAAGCGCAAGUUUGAGUUGGGUCGCCCAGCAGCCAAUACCAAGCUCGGUGCUCCACGAGUUCAUAAAGUACGCACACGCGGUGGUAACACUAAAUUCCGCGCACUGCGUCUAGAAACCGGUAACUUCGCAUGGGCGUCUGAGGGCAUUGCUCGCCGCACUCGUAUUGCCGAUGUUGUCUACAAUGCCUCUAACAAUGAAUUGGUGCGUACCAAGACUUUGGUAAAGAACAGCAUUGUUGUCAUUGAUGCCACACCAUUCCGGCAAUGGUAUGAGUCGCACUAUGUGCUGCCUUUGGGACGUAAACGUAAUCCCAAACACCAGAAAACUGAAGAUGAGAACGAUGUACUGAAUAAAAAGCGCAGUGAAAAAGUGAUGAAAAAGUACUUGGAACGUCAAAAGUUUGCUAAAGUUGAUCCUGCAUUGGAAGAUCAAUUCAUCUCUGGACGUAUCCUUGCCUGCGUAUCAUCCCGCCCGGGUCAAUGUGGCCGAUCUGAUGGAUACAUUCUAGAAGGCAAAGAACUAGAAUUCUAUCUUAAGAAAAUCAAGUCAAAGAAAUAAACACCCGUCAAAAUUCAACUGCAAUUUGACUAAAUUUCUACAAAAACUAAAAAAUUAA